UGUGACGUGGCUGCUGACUUCACAGUUAUCGCUGGUGUGUCUAACUGGGGGGGUUAUGCCGUAUCCUGCGCCUUGUAUCUCCUAAAUACCUGUGAGAUUCAUGAGCGAUACCUGAGAAGAGCCGUUGGAUUCCCCAGAUUGUCAGAGCGGGAGAGCUGGGUGUCCUCAUUGCCUUCUGUCAGCAAGGAGGAGAAGCUGCUGGAAAUAUUGGUCCAACAUGGAGUCCGCAGCGGAAAGACGGGAAAUUUGGCCAUGGAGGUUGAUGGACUUCCAUUCUUCAACACUCAUUCUGACAUGAUCAAGAGUCUCCUGGAUGUUACAUUGUAA